CCCCUUCCCCCGCCCUGACGCGGGGUGGCCGCGCACAUGCCCAGAAGCGAGCGGCAGAGCGUCCGGGCCGUGCAGCCUGUGACAGCGGCGGCGCUUUCCCUUCCGCUGGGUGUGGGCUCUGCAGCAGCGCCGCGUCCGCCCAGCCCCGGAGCAGAGACACACACACACACACACACACACACACACAGAGGCGCGCCGGGGCCUCGUCCCCGCGCCGAGGGGCGGGAGGCAGCCAUGUCGCUAUUGUCUCGGGCGCUGCCCGCGCUGCGGCUCUAUUGCAUCGGCCUCGCCGUCGCCCUGCACCAGCUGCUGCGCCGCCUCCGCCCCGGCGGGGCCCCCGCGCCAGUUUUCCCUACACAAAAUGGAAAUGUUGCCAUAGUGACUGGAGGUGCUAAAGGAAUUGGUUAUCAUACUGUGAAGCAUUUGGCAAGACUUGGCAUGCACGUUAUAAUAGCUGGAAACGAUGAAAGUGAAGGCCAAGAAGCAGUGAGGAAAAUAAAAGAAGAAACUGUGAAUGAAAAAGGUGGGGUCAGUGUGUUUCUCUUUUCCUUGGGGAAUGUUCUGGUACCACUUGAUAUCGGGAUGUGUUUGCUGGAGUUUUUACACUGUGAUUUGGCUUCAAUGAAGUCCAUACGGCAAUUUGUGCAACAGUUUAGAGCAAAGAAUUGUCCACUCCACGUCCUGGUGAAUAAUGGGGUGAUGCUGGUCCCUGAAAGGAAAACAGAGGACGGAUUUGAGGAGCACUUUGGGUUGAACUACUUGGGACAUUUCCUGUUGACUAACCUUCUCUUGGAAACACUGAAGCAAUCAGGAACUCGCAGUCACAAUGCUAGAGUCAUCACCGUCUCGUCAGCCACCCAUUAUGUAGGGAGAUUGCAUCUUAAUGAUUUACAAAGCAGAUGUUCUUAUUCACCCCAUGGAGCCUAUGCCCAAAGCAAACUUGCCCUUGUAUUGUUUACCUAUCGACUACAGCAUCUCAUAACUUCAGAUGGGAACCAUGUGACAGCUAAUGUAGUAGACCCUGGAGUAGUGAACACUGAGCUCUACAAAAAUGUCUGUUGGGCUACAAAAGUGGUCAAGUGGAUGACAGCAUGGCUAUUUUUCAAGACUCCAGAGGAAGGAGCCUCCACAUCCAUCUAUGCAGCUGUCUCACCAGAGCUGGAAGGAGUUGGUGGCAUCUAUCUUUACAAUGAGCAAAGGACAAAAUCUACUGAUGUAUCAUAUGAUGAGGAGCUGCAGCGAAGGCUCUGGACUGAAAGCUGCAAGAUGACUAGGAUUUCUGAUGUAGGUAGCAGAGAUCUCUAAAAGUAGCCACUUCCAACGGGGUGAAUGAAAUGUGUCCAACAAGCAUCCUUACCUGACUUCUUGCAGCAUGAACCAGCAUCCUGGAAUUCACAGUUCAAUCCCAAAGGCAAAUGUGAACAGUGCUGCUUUUCACUUGAACCCAUAGUCUGCUAGGGAGUCAAGGGGAAAUAUUCCCACAGAAAUGUGUAUAGGGUGGUUUUAAAUCUAACCAUCAGUUUUGUAAUCAUGAUGUUUCGGUCUGUGAUUAAAAAAGUCUUUAACCUUG